AUGGAGAAAGAUUUAAGUAGAAAGUAAAAAUAAAUAACCAAAAUUAAGCAAAUUAAAAAACAUAUUUAGUAAAAGAUAUUAGAAUCCUUAGUAUAUUUAAAGAGACUUAAAAAGUAAUAAGUAGGUGUUCCUAAAAUAAAAGAAUAAGUUAAUAAGCAGAAAAAAAAGAAAAAGAAAAAAGUAAAGAGGGUUAUGGAAAAGAAUAGUUAAUAGUCUAUUAUUGUAGGAUAUCAUUAUCCAUGUAUAGAUGGUGUUUUUAGUGCGUUAAAUUGCUUUUUAUCAUUGAAACUUUACAAUCAAUUUAACAAAGAUUUGAUGGAAAGAUUACUAAGUGAAGAUUUUGAAGACUGUUAUUUUAAUGGAUUUAAUUAAAAAAGUAAAGAUUAAAAUGAUAAGACAGCUAGUGAAAAAGUUUAAAGUGAAGUAAAAGAGGAGUAGAAGUAAUCAUAAUAAGAAAUUAGCGAAUUAUCAGAAGAUGUUAAUUAGCUAAAAUAGAGACUUUAGCUGCACAGCGAAGAUUUAAAAGGGUAUUUAUAUAGUGAUUCUUUUAAGCCUAUGAAAUUUGUUCCUAGCAAAAUUUAAUAAGAUUCUACAGAAUAAGGAAAUGUAUAUUUGAAAUUUAAAACAGUUGAUAAAGCUAACUCUGUUUUAAUUCUUUUAGAUUAUUACGGAUAAAGUGCUGAGAAUUUACAGAAAUUUUGUGAUCAAUAUAAAAAAGUUAUUGUGAUUGAUCAUCAUAUCACAUUAAUUAGUACCUUAGAAUAAAUUGUUUAAAACCAAAAUUAGCUGAAUUAGGAAUCAACUUAAAAUUCAGAGCAAGAUAAAAAUUAACUGGAUGAUCAGUAAAAAGAAUCAAAAGAUUAAAAUGAUUAUUGUAUUCCUAUUCAUUUAUCUAAAGCUAUUAAGAAUAUAUUUCCAAAUCUGAAUAUUAUUUACAAUAGAAGAAUGAGCGGCGCAAGCUUAACAUUUGACUUUUUUACAAAAUUAUUUAAUUAUAAGGAUUACCUUAAUGAUUAGCUAUACGAGCAUAUAAAGGAAAUAAGUAAAAUGGUGGAGAUUUAUGAUACUAAAUUUGAAUAAAAUAGAAGGGCAGAAGCUUUUGUUGCUAAUGUAAUAUCUAGUUAAUAUGAAUUAAAUGCAAGAUCAAACUACUUUAUUUUUUCUAAAUUGGUUAAUUGCUAUAUAGAAGGUCAUGUAAAAUUAGGAGAGGGAAUUCUUAACUCAUUAGAAAAACAAGCAAAUAAUUUAGUCAAAUAGAAAUUCAUAGUACAUAUCGGAGGGAAGUAUAAUACAAUAGCAAAGUGUUAUGCAGUAAUUUCUUCUAAUUUAUCUAUCACAAAUCAAACUGCUCAUAAAUUAGCAGAGUUGAGUUUAAAAGAUGGAAUGGAUAAUGUAGGUUGUUUCAUUAUCUAAGAUAAAAGUAAAUCAAAAAUUAAAGUUUCUUUAAGAAGUGAUAAUGAUCCAAGUAAAGAAUAAAAGUGUCAUAUUAUAGCCUAGAGUUUUAAUGGUGGAGGUCACCCUAGUGCAGCGAGCUUCUUUACAACCUUUUCCUAAGUAAAAAGCUGGAGAUGA